AUGAACUGCAAUUACAUCAACAGCACCAACAUCUACCACUCCAUCAACAACUGCACCAACAUCUAUCACUCCAUCAACUACUGCACCAGCCACAAUAUCAACGGCAUCGACAUCUACCACUCCAUUAAUAACAACUGUCCCAACAUCAACAACUUUUUCAACAACAACUUCACCAACAUCUACCUCUCAAUCAACAACUGCACCAACAACAACCACUCCAUCAAAAACAACUGCACCAGCAAUGAAAUCAAUGGCAUCAACAUCUACCACUCCAUCAACAACUCAUCAACAACAACUACACCAAAAUCAACCACUCUAUCAACAACUACUGCAGCAACAUCAACCACUCCAUCAACAACAAUGGCACCAGCCAUUACAUCAACAGCACCAACAUCUACCACUUCAUCAACAACUGUACCAACAUCUAACACUCCAUCAACAACUACUGCACCAACAUCAACCACUCCUUCAACAACAACUGCACCAACAUCAGCCACUCUAUCAACAACAACUGCUCCAACAUUAAAUACUCCAUCAACAACAACUGCACCAACAUCAACCCAUCCAUCAACAACAAUUGCACCAGCAAUUACAUCAACAGCACCAACAUCUACCACUCCAUCAACAACUGCACCAACAUCUAUCACUCCAUCAACUACUGCACCAGCCACAACAUCAACGGCAUCGACAUCUACCACUCCAUUAAUAACAACUGUCCCAACAUCAACAACUUUUUCAACAACAACUUCACCAACAUCUACCUCUCAAUCAACAACAACUGCACCAACAACAACCACUCCAUCAAAAACAACUGCACCAGCAAUGACAUCAAUGGCAUCAACAUCUACCACUCCAUCAACAACUGCACCAUUAUCUACAACUCCAUCAACAACAACUACACCAAAAUCAACCACUCUAUCAACAACUACUGCAGCAACAUCAACCACUCCAUCAACAACAAUGGCACCAGCCAUUACAUCAACAGCACCAACAUCUACCACUUCAUCAACAACUACUGCACCAGCCACAACAUCAAAGGCAUCGACAUCUACCACUCCAUCAAUAACAUCUGUCCCAACAUCAACAACUUUGUCAACAACAACUGCACCAACAUCUACCUCUCCAUCAACAACAACUGCACCAACAUCAACCACUCCAUCAACAACAACUGCACCAACAUCAACCACUCCAUCAACAACAACUGCACCAACAUCUACCACUCCAUCAACAACAACUGCACCAGUCAUUACAUCAACAGCACCAAUAUCAACCAUUCCAUCAACAACUACUGCACCAACAUCAACCACAACCAUUGGGUCAUCAACAACAAAUACACCAACAUCUAACUCUCCAUUAACAACAACUGCACCAACAUCAAGCACUCCAUCAACAACAACUGCACCAGCCAUUACAUCAACAGCACCAACAUCUACCACUCCAUCAACAACAACUGCACAAACAUCAACCACUCCAUCAUCAACAACUGCACCAGCCAUUACAUCAACAGCACCAACAUCUACCACUCCAUCAACAACAACUGCACCAACAUCUACCACUCCAUCAACAACAAAUGCACCAACAUCUAACACUCCAUCAACAACUACUGCACAAACAUCUAACACUCCAUCAACAAAUACUGCACCAACAUUAACUACUCCAUCAACAACUACUGCACCAACAUUAACUACUCCAUCAACAACAAUUGCACCAGCCAUUACAUCAACAGCACCAACAUCUACCACUCCAUCAACAACUGCUCCAACAUCUAUCACUCCAUCAACUACUGCACCAGCCACAACAUCAACGGCAUCGACAUCUACCACUCCAUUAAUAACAACUGUCCCAACAUCAACAACUUUUUCAACAACAACUUCACCAACAUCUACCUCUCAAUCAACAACAACUGCACCAACAUCAACCACUCCAUCAACAACAACUGCACCAACAUCAACCACAACCAUUGGGUCAUCAACAACAACUACACCAACAUCUAACUCUCCAUCAACAACAACUGCACCAACAUCAACCACUCCAUCAACAACAACUGCACCAGCCAUUACAUCAACAGCACCAACAUCUACCACUCCAUCAACAACAACUGCACAAACAUCAACCACUCCAUCAACAACAACUGCACCAACAUCAUCAACUCCUUUUACAACAACAGCACCAACAUCUAUCACUCCAUCAACAACAACUGAACCAGCCACAACAUCACUGGCAUCAACACCUACCACUCCAUCAACAACUGCACUAUCAUCUACCACUCCAUCAACAACAACUGUACCAACAAAAACCACUCCAUCAACAACAACUGCACCAGCCAAUACAUCGACAGCGCCAACAACAUCAUCAACUCCUUUUACAACAACAGCACCAACAUCUAUCACUCCAUCAACAACAACUGAACCAGCCACAACAUCACUGGCAUCAACACCUACCACUCCAUCAACAACUGCACUAUCAUCUACCACUCCAUCAACAACAACUGUACCAACAUCUACCACUCCCUCAACAACAACUGCAGCAACAUCAACCACUCCAUCAACAACUAUAACACCAGUCACAACAUCAUUGGCAUCAACAUUUACCACUCUAUCAACAUCUACCACUUCAUCAACAACAACUGCACCAACAUCAACCACUCGAUCAAGAACAACUGUACCAACAUCAACCACUCCAUCAACAACAAAUGCACCAACAUCUACCACUCCAUCAACAACAACUGCACCAACAUCUACCACUCCAUCAGCAACAACUGCACCAACAACAACCACUCCAUCAACAAAAACUGCACCAGCCAUUGGGUCAUCAACAACAACUGCACCAACAUCUACCACUCCAUCAACAACAACUGCACCAACAACAACCAAUCCAUCAACAACAACUGCACCAGCCAUUACAUCAACAGCACCAACAUCAACCACUCCAUCAACAACAACUGCACCAACAUCUACCACUCCAUCUACAACAAUUGCACCAGCCACAACAUCACUGGCAUCAACACCUACCACUCCAUCAACAACUGUAGCAACAUCAACAACAACUGCACCAGCCAUAACAUCAACGGCACCAACAUCAACCACUCUAUCAACAACAACUGCAAAAACAUCUACAACUCCAUCAACAACUAUAACACCAGUCACAACAUCAACGGCAUCAACAUCAACUGCACCAACAUCUACCACUCCAUCAACAACAACUGCACCAACAACAACCAAUCCAUCAACAACAACUGCCCCAACAACAACCACUCCAUCAACAACAACUGCACCAAUUUACCAGUCAACCAUCAACUGCACCAACAUUUACCACUCUACCAGCAACUGCUGCACCAAGCUCAAUGUCAACUGCACCAACGUCUACCAUUCCAUCAACAAUAACUGCACCAACAUUUACCACUCCAUCACCAACUACUGCACCAACAUUUGUCACCCUACCAACAACUGCAACAACUGCACCAGCCACAACAUCAUUGGCAUCAACAUCUACAACUCCAUCACCAACUACUGCACCAACAUUUGUCACCCUACCAACAACUGGUGCAACAACUUCAACAUCAACAGCAACAACAUCUAG